GCUGCGGGGCGCAGGGCGGGGCGUCGGCGCGCAGCAGCAGCAGCAGCUCCAUCACCGACACCGUCACCGAUCUGCUGGCGUCUGCGGGCUGCGGCAUGGACCCCGCUGCCCGGCCUGUCUGUGAAUGUGGGCCGGUCCGGUGCUGCUUCCCGCGGUUCUGAUGGUGAAGGCGGUGCGCGCUCAGAGAAGCGGAGCGGACACAGACUUGUGCGCGCGGCGCGGCUCGCGCUCCGAUGCAGCAGCAGGAGGAGGAGGCGCCAUUGUUUGGAUGCGCAGCAGAUUGAGAGGAAGAAGGCCAGGGAUCGCGCGCGCUGACCGGGACACGCGCACCAUGCUGCACCUGCUGUUCCUCGCGCUCCACCUGCUCUGCUUCACCCAGAGCACGACGGCGUUCCAGGCGACCGUAAACGACGAAGGUUUGAUUGUGGCGACUUUGGAUAGCUCAGACCUGCAGGAGAACGUCACGGCGUAUGCGGUACAGAUCUCCGGAGAACCUCGAACCAUCCUGAUCCAGUUCGUGAACACCAGCGAGCCUCUGCUGUACAACGCCUCCUUCCACGGCCUCUGCUACACGGUGGGGCUGCUGCUCAGACGGGGACAGGCUUGGUCCCGCCCCAUGAAGACCGUUGCCGUGCUCACGAAGCCGCUUCCUGUCCGCAGUGCUCAGAUAUUGGACUAUAAGGAGGCUCCAGAGACUGGCGUGGUGUUUGAAAUCGAUCCUCCGACCAGAAACGUCUUUAGCAGAGUCAACAUCAGCUACGCUGAAGGACAGGAGCGCCGAUCGAUGCUCUAUAAAGAUUUCUACAGAGGGAAGACAGUGUUUAAGCACUGGUUACCGGGGAUGUGUUACCGAAACAUCACCUUCCAGCUGAUCUCAGAGGCCACCGUGUACCAAACUGCACUGGUGACCCACAGUGACAUCACUCACACACCGCUGCAUCAUCGGACAGUGCCCCACCCUCCCCUCAACAUCUCCUAUAAGAUCAUCCAUUUGAGCCAGAGGGCAGCUCCAGGUCAGCUCCCCGACAUGCUCCCACAUGAUAGUGGGCAGCGAUCCCCCCGCCAGGCCCGGGAUGUCCCACUGAUGGAGGAGCGGGAGGAGGAGGAGACCCAGGCUGAGGAGAACACCUCAGAUGAGGUAAUAGGAGUCACUUACGCCCCCUCCACAAAAGUGUUGACGGUGAGCGCCCCCAUUGAUGUGAACAACAGCCGCACGGAGGAGGCAGAGCCUUCGAGCUACUGGCUGGAACCGACGGAGCCAUCUCCCACCGACAAGGAUGAGGAGUUCGUUAAUGGCGUGCUGCCCGAGUAUGAAGACUCCAACGAGCCGGGCUCGGCCAUGGCACUCCCUGCCGAGCCUUCUGUCCUGCCCACCAGGCUUCCUCCAAUCCUUUUGGAACUGCGCUGGCUGCCGCCGCGCCCACCCACCAGCUACGACAGUUUCAACGUCUACAUCUACAGAGAUGGUAACUCGACAGAAACAGCGACGGUGGACGAAAGCACUCACGAGUUCUUUACAGAGUUAACGGAGCCGGGAAUAUACCGUGUGCAAGUGACCACACUGAGCUCGUCUGGAGACUGCGAGUCCCGAGAGAGCAGUGGCGACACUGCCUUCACCUUCUACCUCAGUCCCAGCGGCGAGCUGCUGGAGGACCUGCGAGAGCGUCCUCAAGCCGUCAGCGUCAGGCUGCUGGACUCGAGCACCGCUGCCAUCUCCUGGGCGCCAUCGUCGCAGAACCACAAUGGGAGCCUGGUGUCAGUGGUUUCCACCACCUGCCUGAAGCCCAGCCUGAGCCAGAGGAUGGAGAACACCUACUGCAGCGAGGAAAACUCGACGAGUGACAUUAUCACCAACCUGACGCCGGGUGCUCAAUACCGGGUGGUCGUCUAUCACACCAAUGGACCCCUGAUCAGCCCGCCGUCGGAGCCCGUCAUCAUCGAUAUCGAGCCCACCGGCGUGCGCGAGCUCACCGUUUACCCCCUGAGUCCAACGGCGGUGAUCCUCAGCUGGCAGCGUCCAUACCACGUUGCCUUCAGGAAAUAUGUGUUGCAGACCUUCUUCUUCAACCCCGUCACGCUUGCCUCUGAGUGGACCACCUACUACGAGAUCGCCGCCACCGCCUCCGUCAUCGCCUCAGUGAGGGUGACCGACUUGCUGCCUGCCUGGUAUUAUAAUUUCCGUGUUUCCAUGGUGACGUGGGGUGACCCACCGCUCAGCUGCUGCGACAGCUCCACCGUGAGCUUCGUCACAGCUCCCGAGGCGCCUCACAUCUCCUCUGUGGAUUACUCUCAUGGCGUUCUGUACGUCCGCUGGACAUACGGCGAGCUCUUCAUUGACCUGUCACACUCAAGGAUGCUGCACUGGCAAGUGGUCGCUGUCGGGAAGAAGGGACCGGAGAAGACGUACUCCGUUGACGUGACUCGGAACGUGAUGCGGGCAAGCCUCCCUCUGCCUCCCGGAGACAUCUACAACCUGACGGUGACGGCAUGCACAGAGCGCAGCAGGAACACGUCCACGCCAAACAUCAUCAAACUGGAGCCGGCUCCUCCCAGAUCGCUGUAUGCCGUCAACGCCACUCACUCGUCCGUGACUCUGCUGUGGACCGAGGAGGGAGUGGUCGACUAUUACCAGGUCCUCUGCAGACCCAGCAAAGCCAGCAAGGAGCAGCUCAAGGCCCUUGAGCCGCAGACCUCCACCUCCCACGUGGUCACCAUUUCUGGUUUGAUACCAUCGUCCAGCUACAACUGCACCGUCACCAGCUUCAGCUACAGCACGCCCAGCAAACCCACACACAUCAGCGUCAGCACUGUUGCCAAAGAGAUGAAUCCAAGCGUUGCUGCCAUCUCGGCUCUGGCUGUCCUCAGCAUCCUGCUCAUCAGCCUGCUCGUUCUGUUCCUGCUUGUGCUGCGCAAGAAACACCUGCAGAUGACCAGAGAGUGUGGCGCAGAGACCUUUGUCAACUUCGCCUCGUUUGAGAGAGACGGAAAGCUUCCAUAUAACUGGCGAAGAAGUCUCUUUGCCUUCCUUACCCUACUGCCAUCCUGCCUUUGGACUGACUAUCUUUUGGCUUUUUAUAUUAAUCCUUGGAGCAAGACUGCUUUAAAGAAACGGAAGCUAACAAGCCCUGUGCAGCUGGACGACUUUGAGGCCUUCUUCAAAGACAUGAGCAAGGACUCAGCCUACAAGUUCUCCUUGCAGUUCGAGGAUCUAAAGAGCAUCGGUUUGGAUCUUUCCCAUGAUGCUGCUGACCUUCCCAUCAACAGGCCCAAGAACAGAUACACCAACAUCCUCCCCUAUGACUUCAGUCGGGUGAAGCUGAUCUCGAUGCACAAUGAUGAAGGUUCAGACUACAUCAACGCCAAUUACAUACCCGGCUACAGACACAAUAAAGAGUACAUCGCCACGCAGGGUCCGCUGCCUGAGACCCGCAAUGACUUCUGGAAGAUGGUUUUGCAGCAAAAAUCCCCGAUCAUCGUCAUGCUCACACAGUGCAGCGAACGGCGCCGGGUGAAGUGUGAUCAUUACUGGCCCUUCAAUGAGGACCCUGUGAUGUACGGUGAGGUCAGUGUAGAGUUGCUAUCUGAAAGCGAGUCUCCAGAGUGGAUCAUCAGGAAGUUCAGACUUGGAUAUGCUGAUGAGAGUCAGGACGUCCUCCACCUGAACUACACCUCGUGGCCGGAUCACGGCGUCCCCACGGUAAAUGCCAUCGAGAGCAUCCUGCAGUUCGUCCAUAUUGUCCGCCAGCAGGCCAACAGGACCAAAGACCCUAUCAUCGUCCACUGCAGUGCUGGAGUCGGCAGGACUGGGACCUUCAUCGCUCUGGAUCGCCUGAUGCAGCACAUCAGAGAGCACGAGUACGUGGACAUCCUGGGUAUGGUGUCGGAAAUGCGAUCGCAUCGCCUGUCGAUGGUUCAGACUGAGGAGCAGUACGUGUUCAUCCAUCAGUGCGUCAUGCUAAUGUGGCAGAAGAAAAAGCAGCAGUCCAUCACCUCGGACGUCAUCUACGAGAAUGCCAGCAAGACAUAAUGAGGACACCUCCAGACGCUGUGAACACACCCCAACCUCCUGUGCUUCAGGCAUCCAUUCUCUGCAGAAGAAGACUCGCUUCAUCAUCAGUAUCAAAAACAAAAAAAAACACAACAUAGAACAUCUGGGCGAGAGAAAACUAUUAUCAGUCUCUUUCUUUGAAUUGGUGUUAAAGCAUGGGAUGGAGUUUUGCCUUAAGGAGCCUUCACUGACUGACCAACAUGUUCAACCACAGCCCUGCCCUCUGAACUGGACUGACUCACACCAACGUGGGCUCGGAGGAGCGUUGACAAGCUGCGUCUGUUAAGGCAACGAGUCGGUGGAACGGAGUCAGUGGUUUUUCAUUUUUAUUUAUGUUUUUAAUCUCAGGAGUCGCUGUAAAACCAGCAAGCACACUGGCCUCUUUCUCCCCUUCAAACCUUUGUUUUAGGUUCAGGUUUUGUUUUGCCCGUCGUCUUGCACGGUGCAGCUUUCCUGGCUUUUUGGGGCGUAGGAGUCGGCGGCGGUAGAUUUCAUCGUUACGCACUGCCACACCUACCGCACACGUCGAUAAUUAAAAACCCCAAUGGCUCGAGCUCGCUGAUUAACUGCCAGGACUGCUACACAGGAAGAACCCAGCAAACAUUCACUAAAGAGCGAACCCAAGAUGAGCACAAAUCGGAUGUUUGGAGACACUUACAUCAUCUUUCCAUCAUGGCUGCAUAUGCCAAACUUCAGAAGUGAAAAAUGAGGAACUUUUCAGAUUUCUGCUCCAAAUUACGGCAGAAAAAUAUCAUCAUCAUAACACUAUCCGAACUUUAUCGUGAUCAACCCUAGCGGUGUGAAUGUUUGCUAGGUCUGUACAACAAGAGGGCACAAACGAGUCGAGGGGAACGCCGUCCCCACGGUUGCCAUCCGUCGCCGCUUGGCGUGUUUGAGGCCAGUUUAGAAGCUAGAGACUGUGGUUGUAGAGCUGUAGUUUGUAUUUGCACUGAGGCCUCUGAGCUACUGAACAAGAAGGGAAGCAUUUUGCUGCUGCUUCCCACCGUGGGCGAUCAGCACGCAGUCACCAUGCUUGGAGCUGUAGAUUAACGUUAGGACUACUGUAGAGCUUUGGACUGUCCGAUCGGGCUGGCAGAGAAAAAGGACCGUAUCCGACAGCAUGGACAUCGGAGACAGAAUCUCUCAAGUUUCCCCGUUACUGGCCCGAAGUCACGGAAACAUAUCUGCUCAGCAUAUCAGCAGAGCUCUUCUGGGUCCCACAUAAAUAGAUUUUUCACCGUCUAGAAGUGCAGUCAGUUAUUACACAAGUACAAAUUAUACCUUUGAAUCUGGACUAGAAAGUAUAAAGACAUAAGUUACAAAAAUAUCUGCAUUUCAAUGUCCCGAUGCAGUCAGUGGUUUUCUUAUAUAUGCCCACAGUGACUUCCUAUAAAGAAGCACUACACCGAUAAACGUUUAGCGUACAUUUCACUGGACAUCACGUGUGAUCCAGCGUUUGUAGUGCAACAAAACAGAAUGUACGCAUCCUGUAAGUAUCAUUGAAAGUUUAAAAGAAACUUCCUUCACAACGGUUUGUUUUUUCGUUCAUUUUGAACUCUAAGCUUUUCUAUUUUAACUUUAAUUACAGAUUUUUUGUUGUGUUUUCAAUGAGUAAAGCACCCCAAAUUUAAUCAUUAACAUUUUAUGUAGUAUUUCCUACCUUUUUACCAUGUCACAUACUACAGUCUAGUAUGUAUUAGACUAAAAGUAUUUUAAACAUGUGCGUUUCACUAAAAUGCAUUUUGUUGGGUUUUGUUUUUGCCACAGUUUAACAUUUUGAAAGGAUUUUUCGGGCAUUAUAAGAAAACCAGUGAGCACGGACAUUUAAUAAAAAACACCACAGUUCAGGUUUUUGCUGGUUUUGGGCCCCUGGUGUCGGUUUGCGAAUGGCUGAGACCGACUCAUCAAAUUCGAUCUGUACAGAAAAGUAUUGAAGCAUCAGUGUCUGCUAGUUAGAUCAGAUUCUAUUCAGCGAUUUAGUUUUCAUUGUUCAUCUUUCUACUGAGUAUUUCACAUGAAGGGCAGAAGAAUAUUCACAUUUCCAUCAUUCCUCAAUGAUUGUAGAGAAUGUCUACUGAGCAGAUGAGUGGUCGACUUCAAUGAACCCAAAGUUUUACACUCGAUUCAGGACAUACAGGGUGUCGUCAAAAUAAGAGCUCAACUCUGGGGGACGGGGAGUAUAAUCAUUUGGAAUAGCUAUGACUUUGGAAUGAAUCACAAAAGCUGGUUGAACAAUCCAAAUAAAAGAUUUGGUAAAAUGCUAAAAAAUUUCAUCAAGCUUAUAAAAUGUAUAACCCAAACUCUGCACUUCCUACAGUCUACAAUCAAAAUGUAUUUUAGAAAGUGUACUGCAACAUACGUGGUGGGAAAAGUGGAGCACAUUUCAGAUGAAUGAAAUCAAAAUUCAAUUUGAUUUCAUACCGAACUGAAUUUUAGUUUUUUUCCCAUAAUAAUUACAUUUUGGCACAUCGAGCAAAGCUUUUAAAUUGCUUUGCUAGUUAUUCCCAUAAUGAAUACUAAACCAGGUAACUCUCACUUAAUGCUGAAGUACAGAUUUUUAUUUUGACGACACCUUGCAUUAAGUUUGUGCAAAUAUUUCAGUAAUUAAUGAAUGUUUAAAAAGGCCACUGGCCACUUGUGAAAUGAUUCAUCUUUGUGGCCUUGUGCUUACCACACCUGAAGUCUUUACCUGUCAGCCGUCUCAGAUCCUCGACGGUUGGGUACUUCGGUUCAGUCGCCGCUCGAUCUGAAAUAGUUUCCAUGUCACUCUUAGAUAUCAGAUGUACUGUACAUACUACUACUACCGCUUAACUAUUCUGUUUCUACUCGUCAUUGCAAAGUUAUUCUUGUGGAGAUGUUGCUUUAGAAGUUUGUUUUUUAAAAGUUGUUGUAAAUGUGAAUCAUCUUUCUCUGAGCUCGGAGCUGAAUUCUCGCCGGCGCCGUUUCUUAAGCCUCAGCGUUUAGAAGCGUGAUGUGGACGUGGAGGAUGCAUUUGGGGUCUGAGAAAUGCACUUUGGUAUGACUGUCAAAAAAAGAUUUUUAAAAACUGACAGAACUUGCAGACAGUUUUGUGAAGCCCAGCACUGAAACUCUUCUACAGUUCUUUCUUGCUUAGUGUGUGUCCAGUCGAACUCGUACGUCAUUGGUGCCAUUAUUGUGCAUUGUGUCACUUACAGUUUGAAGGAUGAUCCCGAGCUCGGGUCGCCGUCACAGAGUUUUACUGUGUGUGUUGGAACAAAAUAAAAAUGUUGCAGUAAAAA